GACAAGACCGUAUCAGUAAAGGAGGGAGAAUCUGUCACUCUGAUGACUGAUGCUGAAAUACAAAUCGAUGAUCAUAUACAAUGGAGGUUUGGACCUCAACAGAAACCCAUAGCUGAAAUCAAAGGCGAGACCAGAGAAAUCUCAUAUCAUGGUGCCGAUGGGAGAUUCAGAGACAGACUGAAGCUGGAUGAGAAGACUGGAUCUCUGACCAUCACACACACCACAACUGAACACAUUGGAGUUUAUAAUCUACAGAUCAACAGAAACAGAGGGAGGUUGUAUCAAAGAUUCAUUGUCACUGUUGAAAAUGAAGACAAGACCGUAUCAGUAAAGGAGGGAGAAUCCGUCACUCUGAAGACUGGUGCUGAAAUACAAAUCGAUGAUCAUUUACAAUGGAUGUUUGGACCUCAAGAGAAACCCAUAGCUGAAAUCAGAGGUGAGACCAGAGAAAUCUCAUAUCAUGGUGCCGAUGGGAGAUUCAGAGACAGACUGAGUGUGGAUGAGAAGACUGGAUCUCUGACCAUCACAAACAUCACAGCUGAACACAUUGGAGUCUAUAAGCUACAGACCACCAGAAACAGAGGGGCGUUGUAUCAAAGAUUCAUUGUCAAUGUUAAACAUGAAGACAAGAACGUAUCAGUAAAGGAGGGAGAAUCCGUCACUCUGAAGACUGGUGCUGAAAUACAAAACAAUGAUCAAAUACAGUGGAUGUUUGGACCUCAAGAGAAACCCAUAGCUGAAAUCAGAGGUGACACCAGAGAAAUCUCUACAUAUCAUGGUGCCGAUGGGAGAUUCAGAGACAGACUGAGUGUGGAUGAGAAGACUGGAUCUCUGAUCAUCACAAACAUCACAGCUGAACACAUUGGAGUCUAUAAGCUACAGACCACCAGAAACAGAGGGAGGUUGUAUCAAAGAUUCAUUGUCACUGUUAAAAUCGCAUUGAUAUCAUUGCUGGAGGGAGAACCGGUCACUUUAUCUCCUGAUACUGAAAUACAGAAAGACGAUCUGAAAGUGUGGAUGUUUGGAGACACUCUCAUAGCUGAAAUGCCCAGAAAGAAAAAAACAGGUGAAGGUCCUGAUGGGAUAUUCAGAGACCGACUGAAGCUGGACAAGAAGACUGGAUCUCUGACCAUCAAGAGCACGAGAACUGAACACUCUGGGCUUUACAUCCUACAGAUCAAUGGAACCACAAACAAGAGAUUCAAAGUUGACAUAAAUUUGAAGAAAGUGUCAGCCAAGGAGGGAGAGUCCGUCUCUCUAAACACUAAUGCUGUAAUACGGAGAAAAGAUGACUUACAGUGGAUGUUUAAAGAUGAAAAAACUACCAUAGCUGGAAUCAAAAAAGAUUGGAUUGGAAAGAUCACCACAUUAGACGUUGAUAGUAGAUUCAGAGGCAGACUGCAGCUGGACGAGAAGACUGGAUCACUGAUCAUAACAAACAUCACAACUGAACACGAAGGAGUCUAUUCUCUGAAGCCCGUCGGCAGUAAAUCCACCGAAAUCAAGAGAUGGAAUGUUACUGUCAGAGUGUUGAAGUCAGUAGAGAUAAGUGGAAGGAAUGUGACUCUAAACACUGACACUGAAGUACAGAGAGAUGAUCUGGUCCUGUGGAUGUUUGGAGAUCAAGACGAUCUCAUCGCUCAACUGACCGGAGAGACUGGAGAGAUGACGUAUGGCAUGAGAUUCAGAGACAAACUGACGCUGAACAAGAACACCGGAUCUCUGAGCAUCAGUGACAUCACAUCUGGAUCUUAUAAUCUACGGAUCACCAGCAGCAAGAGGACGUCAUACAGGAAAUUCAGAGUUUUCAAGCCUUGUGAGUCCGAUCCCAAGACGGUGUCAGUGAAGGCGGGAGAAUGUUUAGUUUUAAUCACUGAUUUUAAUGUAGAAAGAGAUGAGAAAGUGGAGUGGAGAUUUGGAGAUAAAAUUCUCAUAACUGGAAUGACUGGAGGUGGUGAUGAGAGAUUCAGAGACAGACUGGAGCUUCACCAUCAAACUGGGUCUCUCACCAUCAAAGACACUAGAACCAGCGACACUGGAGUUUAUCGUCUAAAUCUCUGCAGCAGAGGUGGAAAGAGCUGGGAAUUCAGUGUCACUUGUCAAUGAUUCUAGAGGAAAGCGAUUGAAUAAUUCAGCAAUUGUGCUGAUGAAUGGAGAGGUUCCUGAUGGAGUAAAUAUGCAGCAGGCCACGAGUCCAGUUUGAUAAGAAGACACUUUUGUGCUUGAGUGCACUAGCUCUUAACCCUUUGAAAUAAUUCUAGGAUGGUAGUCUCAGCUUGAAGAAUAUGACAGAAUUACCUCUAGGUCUCCUAUUUUUCCCUAUUAUAACACAGUCUAUGGUCCUCUUGGUUGCAGAUGUACUAGUGGUGAGCUAGCCAGAAAAUGACCAUAUUUGGACUUGUUAUCCAAUGUAUCAUAUUCCUUCCUAUAUGAUGGAAGGUAUGUUCUCUUAUAACACGUCAUCAAGCCAAGAGUUACGUUUCUAAAUGUGAAUACUACUUAUAUAGUUUGUGAAAAAAAUUUUUACACUUGUUUGUAUUUUUGUCUGCUAUAAUGCUAUAAUUCUGACUGUUAUAAUGGGUUCGAAAAACAAAGAAAAGUACAGAUAAGUCAGGUGCCCCAAAAAUGUUCUAGGUCUUUAAGGGUUAAAGUGACAGCAGCAUGUUAUGUUGUAAAUGAUGACAGAAAGUAAUUAUUGUGUGAAUUAUACCUUUAACACCAGUUUUGGGUUAAUGCUCAUGUUCAUAUUUAUGCUCAUGUUUUUGUGAUCAAAUCUGAAUGUCGAUUUGUAAAUGUGAUCUGAAGUGCCUUUGUAUUUAUUCUUAAGUACUUGCCGGAUAAAUCCGCCUACUGCACUUAUAGUAAAACUGCACUUAUUCAAAUUAAAUAAAUGAGUGUUGUGCCUUGGAUUAUUCACAAUUAGCACAUUUGUAAGUCAUUUAAAUAAACCUUCAAUUAAAGAU